ACUUCGCACGAUUAUGGAAUUGUGGCUCAGUAUGGCUAAAAAUAUUAACGAGUGAUAAUGCCGACCUAAGUUGUGGAUUGCUGCCAAAAUGUUUGAAAACGUCCGUCUGUUCCAAAAUGGCAUCCGCAAAUUAGCAAAAAGCAUCGCCUUUCUAUGGAAGCAUACGUUUGCGCGACUUGGCGAAGACUGGGUCUUUUUGGCCCUGUUAGGUGUGAUCAUGGCAGUCUUAAGCUUUAUAAUGGACAGCGGCAUAUCCAUGUGUAGCUCAGCAAGACUCUGGCUAUACAAUGACCUUUCAAGCAAUCCUGCUGCCCAAUAUGCAUCCUGGGUAAUCUUACCAUUAACACUCAUACUGUUCAGUACAGGAUUUGUACAUUUGGUAGCACCACAAUCAAUAGGUUCGGGUAUUCCGGAGAUGAAAACCAUUUUAAGGGGAGUAGCACUAAAGGAGUAUUUGACUUUUAAAACUCUUGUCGCUAAAAUUAUCGGAUUGAUGUGCACUUUAGGUACGUAGAAACUUCCUUUUUCAAUUAGGUGGAU